AUGAGUCCGCGAUCCCGCUGCUUUUCGCUCCUGCUGCUCCUUUUUUCCUUCUUUUUUCCCCUUAAAAUCCUCUUUUUCGCCCACUCCGCCGCUGCUAUCAUGUUCGACUUGCCCCCCCAGGCCCGCGAGUGCUUCUUCGUCAAGUGCUCCGACCAGGAGUCCGAGAUCACCGGGUCUUACCAGUCCUUCUUCGGAGACGGCAGCAUAAGAGUUUCUGUCGAAGGGCCAGUGCCUUCCCAUCGUGCUGCUGCUGCUGCUGCUGCUGCGCUGCCGCCGAUGACUCCGCUCUUUUCUUCUGUGGAGGAGACAGCGCAGCUGCAUGCAAAGCUGCCUCUGCGGGGGGAGUACGCGGUGUGCGUGCGGAGUCUGUUGUCUUUUGAGCAAACAGUGACAAUAGACUUUCAUUUGCAAACUCAAGAAAAGAAUUCCCACCCCAACCAGCUGGCCCUCGAAGACGAGGCUUUGAAGCUCAAGGGGCUCAUGAACGAAGUUCUGCAGAAGGUAGCAGCAGCAGCAGCAGCAGCAGCAGCAGCAGCAGCAGCAGCAGCAGCAGCGGCAACGGCAGCGGAGGUUUAG